AUGAGAAAAUUAACAGAGGAAGAAACAAAGGUUUUCUUUGAGAAGCUUAUUAAAUUUAUCGGAAGAAAUAUAUCAUUGUUGAUUGAAAGAAAGGAUGAAGCACAUUGUUUUAGAGUACAAAAGAAUAAAGUAUACUAUGUAAAUGAAGAGACUAUGAAGAAGGCACAAAGCGUUCCAAGAGAUUCACUUCAAAGUUUGGGUACAUGUUUUGGAAAGUUUACAAAGACUGGAAAGUUUAAAUUACAAAUUACUUGUUUAGAUUAUUUAGCUCAAUAUGCCAAGUAUAAGGUAUGGGUCAAGCCACAAUCAGAAAUGUCUUGGUUGUAUGGAAAUAAUUUAUUAAAGGCAGGUAUGGGUAGAAUCACAGAAGAUACACCAGCCAAUCAAGGUGUUGUUUUAUUUUCAAUGAAUGAUGUACCAAUUGGAUUUGGUACCACCUCAAAAUCAACUCAAGAUUGUAGAAAGUUGGAUCCAACUGCCAUGGUAGUUUAUCAUAUUUGUGAUGUUGGUGAAUAUUUGAGAGACGAAGAUACUUUAUUCUAA